AUGCUGUACAUAUACGCUAAUUCGAAUGCACGCGUGCUACUUGUUGCUCGGAUCUGUAUUCUGGAUUUCUAUCCAAGCGGACUGUUUGUUUUGGACGCGUAUCUACUGUCGAGAGCAAGAGCGCUCCAGAGAGUUUUCCGACACGAAGCUGCACAUAAUGCUUUGGUCAUCGAUAACAGCACACAUCUUACUACAAAAUCAUGCGAGCAAUGCUUGAAUGACCUUGGAUGCCGGCAUCUGUUUACUGUUCCACAAUAUCUCCAGUUAAAUGCGCUCACUCAAACCUUCAUUUUCAUCCACUUCUUUGUGAAACUGGACGGUGGAAUCGAUGAUUUUCUAAUAUGA